GAGCCUCGAGAGAGGUCGCGGGGUUCGCCAUUGAUAGACCAUUUGCUAAACCUUGGAGCUCAGAGUGCUCUUUUAGGGUUUCGUCCUCUUCCUCUUUCUUCUCGAUUUUUCGAAGCCUCUCUAGGGUUUUGCUUUGGGUGCUGGUUCUCUUCAUUGAUUGCAUUUCAAGAAGCUGUUGUAGUUGCUUGUUGAAAUGGCUUUGUUAGAGAAUGAAGAUGUUAGUAAUGGCGUUGGGUCGGGAGAAGCAAUGAUGGAACAGCUUAGAAAAGCACUUGGUUUGCUUGAGUCUCAUCGAGACUCUGCUUGGAACCAUAUCAUUAAAUUGGAUGACCUUGAGGAAUACUUCCACCAACUUAGGAGUUCAUUGAAGAAGGAAAUUGAUGAGUUAGAAAUAGCAAAGAGGAAACUUGAGGAGAAACAAGCUGAAACUGAGGCAAUUAUUUCUGAAAGAGAGGCAGCUGUUUCUGCUAAAGAACAAGCUUUGUUGGACCGUCUGCAGGAGCUGAAAGAUAACGCUGUUUCUGCGAUUGCUCAAGCACAUAAAAGACAUCAGGUGGCUUCUCCAAAUUUGGUUGAUAACAAAGGAGUAAAGGAAGGGAAGGUAAGCAUUUCUGCCAAUGUUGAUACAAAAACACCUGUUUCUGUUAUAGAGGGGAGUCUCCCUGAUAGUAAAUCAGGUGAAUCUGCUGAACAGAUGCCUGCAAAAGGCCAUCUGAAUUCUAUUUUGAAGCAACUUUGUGAACAGAUGGACACAAAAGGCCUUGUGAAAUAUAUUUCAGAAAAUCGAAAAAACCUUGCCACCUUGUGUGAGGAACUCCCUUUUGCAUUAAAAUGUGCAACUGAACCAGCCCGCAUGGUGCUGGAUGCUUUGGAGGGUUUCUACCCUCCUGACCAAUCUACCUCUCAAGGAAAUGAAAAUGACACGGCCCUUCAGGGUCUACGCAGAAGCUGUCUUAUUUUGAUGGAAUCUGCUGUUCCUGUUUUAGCUACAACUGAGCCAGGUGAUCAUCACCCUUUGAGCUCUGAAAUUAAGCAGCAGGCCAAGGCAAUUGCUAAUCAAUGGAAGCCAAAAAUGGCUGACAUGAAAUUGGAUGCUUCCAAUGGUAGUACAUUGGAAGCACAAGCUUUCUUGCAGCUACUUGCAACCUUUUGCAUUCCAUCAGAGUUCAAUGAAGACGAACUUUGCAAGAUUAUUCUCAUUGUCUCUCGUCGUAGGCAGACGCCUGAGCUCUGCCGAUCUCUUGGAUUAACUCAUAAAAUGCCAGGAAUGGUUGAAACUUUGGUCAACACUGGGAGGCAAAUUGAUGCUAUUCAUUUCGCGUAUGCAUUUCAGCUAAUGGAGAGCUUUCCUCCGGUGCCAUUGUUGAAGGCUUACUUGGAUGAGGUGAUGAAAAAUGUCCAGGAAAUUUGUGGCAAUGCAGAGAACCCUGGAGCACAGAAGGAUGCAACCACUCAAGAGUUGAGUGCAUUGAGGGCUGUUAUCAGGUGUAUUGAAGAUUACAAGCUACAUGAAGAAUACCCAAUUGAUCCUCUUCAGAAGAGAGUGAUUGAGCUCGAGAAAGCAAAAGCUGAGAAGAAGAGGUCCUUUGAAGUUGCCAAGUUCCAGAUGAAGAAACCUCGAGGUAAUACUCGGUAUGCUCCUCACAAGCCUGUUGUAGCCAUUGAAUACAAGCAGCCACCACCACCCUCAGUCUACAAUGAGAGGGGGAUGCACCACGGGGUUGCAGAGAGAUACAUGUAUGCUGCACCACCUGCAUUCGAGGUUCCCAGCCGUGUGACAUACAGCCAACAAGCUAAUAUCCACAGGCAGUAUCAGUACUCUCAUCCUCACGUGAGGGCUCCCUCUGCUCCUUAUGCUGCUUCAGCCAGUUACAGUGAUUAUACUGGUCCUAGUGCACAGAAUGCUCCCACUAACCAGGUGAACUACGGUCCCGGUUCACAGGCUACUUCAAGCUAUUCUGGAAGCUACUUGGGUGCUGGAUACCAUCAGCCCAGUUUGUCAAACUAUGGGAAUUAUUCAGGGCCUGGAUAUCCACCUUCUCACCAAUCUUAAAUGUAGUGCUUACUUUGAAGGACUUGAUAGUUUCAUACUGACUGCUGAAGCAUGCGAGCGGAGUUUGAAAACCUUUGAAUGUUUGAUAUGAUAAAGCAACAGAGCUGCAUAAGGAUCAUCAAGAGCGACGUAAAGAAAGAAAGUCAUGCAUGCAUGCAUGCAUGUGUCUCUCAAAGGAGCAGCACAGCCAUGUUGUCUUCCAACCUCAAUUCCUGGUUAGUUUUUUUUUUUUUUUACCAUUUCACAGCGCUUACCUUUUCGACAACUCUCUGUUUGAUCACAUUGCCCUAAACCUACAUUAAGGCAGAAUGAUUCUAGGACAUGGAUCUUUAGCCUAUUGUUGUAGGUUUUCUUUGGCCAUUGAUAACUGGAUUGCAACAAAUCAAAUUGUGUAAAAAUUUUUAUAUGUGAAUUAUUGUGGAUUAUGUGAACACAGAAUGAAACCUGAGACAUUGUCUUUGCA